UCACUGACAGUUUUGCGACUAGGCUACUAGUUAUAAUCCAGCACGUGGGCUUUCGCGUGGCUUCCAGUGAUUCAUAACAACCGCAAAACAUGGUUCCAUGUGCGUAGUCUACGUGUGAACGAACCAUUGAUUUUACUGGUCGAUGUAUAUGCACAGUUAUUCUUUGAUCUUCUAAGACAAGACAUUUAAUUAGAAAGAAGGUUAAAUGCGAAGACAUUUUUAUUAAUUUAUGCAAUGAGCAUUCUUGCUGGUUCGAAAUGUUACCGAUUCAUGGCGGCUGCUAUUUGCCACAAGUGUCAGUGGAACAUUUUACGUUUUCGCCACGAAUGUCUGAACAGCAGCCACGUUUUUCGCCGGACACAGUUUAACGCAGUCAAUGAGCCAAACACCGGUGUCAGUGAGGAGUUAUGGAACUUUGAAGACAAGUUGUUCAACUAUCUGUCUGACAACAAUGGAAAAGUCUCUGUUGACCGAUUCUUGUCUGUGUUAUUCAGCACGGGACUCACAAAGAAGGAUCCCAGAUUGAAGGAAUGCAUACAGAAGAUAAAUAGCGUCAGGACCGAUCUGGCAAAGUCAGGACACGAGGGCGUCGUCAGCCUGGACAAAGAGAAGUUUCGAUUCUGCAUAUCGGACAACAAUCUUCUCAUAGCAAAAGCAUUCCAAAACAAGUUUGUGAUUCCUGAGUUUCCAGACUUCUGUCAACAGAUUGAGAAACUCUACUGGAAAGUGAAGGCCAACACAUCGGGAAAGGUGGCGUCUUACAUCCCUCAGCUCAGUCGGUACAGUCCAGAUUUAUGGGGAGUUAGCAUCUGUACAGUGGAUGGCCAGAGGUAUUCGAUAGGCGAUUUAUCCGUGCCAUUCUGUCUCCAGUCAGUGAGUAAACCGAUGACCUACGCUCUCCUUCUCAAGGAACUGGGAUCCAGUCUUGUACACGAGUAUGUGGGGCAGGAGCCAAGUGGAGUGACGUUUAACCAUAUAUCUCUGAACCAUCUCAAUAAACCUCACAACCCUUUGAUAAACUCCGGUGCUUUAGUUGUGUGUUCCCUUCUUAGACAAGACAUGGAUCCCGCUGACAGAUUUGAUUUUACCUCCAAGUAUUUUAAAAUGAUGACAGGCAACGAAUACCUUGCUUUCAACAACUCAAUAUUUCUUUCUGAAAGGUUAUCUGCUGACAGGAAUUUUGCUUUGGGAUACUACUUACGGGAAAACAAGUGUUUUCCGGAAGGAACAAAUCUAAAAGAUAUUCUUGACUUUUACUUCCAACUUUGCUCUGUGGAAAUCACGUGCGAAUCUGGCGCAGUUAUCGGUGCCACGUUUGCUAAUGGAGGAAUCUGUCCCAUCACGGAUCACAAGAUCUUGGACAGUGACGCGGUGCGCAACACUCUCUCUCUGAUGCACUCCUGUGGCAUGUACGACUACUCGGGCCAGUUUGCCUUCAAGGUCGGCCUGCCAGCCAAGUCUGGAGUGUCUGGAGCAAUUCUCAUCGUGGUUCCAAACCUGAUGGGAAUCUGUAUCUGGUCUCCACCUCUAGACAUGUACGGAAACAGUUGCCGUGGGUUACAGUUUGCUGAGGAGCUGGUCCAGAUGUUCAACUUCCACAACUACGACAGCAUCUAUCACCAGAAGAAGUUGGAUCCGCGCCUGAGGAACACGACAUCACUGGCGAUGCUCGUUGUUGAAAUGUUGUUUUCAGCCAAGACUGGCGAUGUCACGUCUCUUAGACGGUGUGCUAUGUCUGGGAUGAACAUGUCGAUGUCGGAUUACGAUAGUCGGACGGCUCUGCAUGUUGCAGCAGCUGAGGGACACUUACCUGCCGUUGAGUUCCUGGUAGAGAAAUGUUCGGUGUCGCCGUUCCUCAAAGAUAGAUGGGGGUUUACACCUUUGGAUGAUGCAAAACGAUUUGAGAAGAAUGAUGUUGCAGAGUUUCUAGAGAAAAACAUGUCAUAGAACAAAAACAUAGGCAGACCUUUAUGGAGAAAAACAUCACAGGACAAACAUAUAGACAGACCUUUAUGAAGAAAAACAUCAUAGGACAAACAUAUAGGCAGACCUUUAUGGAGAAAAAGAUUGUAGGACAAACAUAGACAGACCUUUAUGGAGAAAAACAUCAUAGGACAAACAUAUAGACAGGCCUUUAUGAAUAAAAACAUCAUAGGACAAACAUAUAGGCAGACUUUUAUGAAUAAAAACAUCAUAGGACAAACAUAUAGGCAGACCUUUAUGGAGAAAAACAUCACAGGACAAACAUAUAGACAGACCUUUAUGGAGAAAAACAUCAUAGGACAAACAUAUAGGCAGACCUUUAUGGAGAAAAACAUCAUAGGACAAACAUAUAGGCAGACCUUUAUGGAGAAAAACAUCAUAGGACAAACAUAUAGGCAGACCUUUAUGGAGAAAAACAUCAUAGGACAAACAUAUAGGCAGACCUUUAUGGAGAAAAACAUCAUGGAGAAAAACAUCAUAGGACAAACAUAUAGACAGACCUUUAUGGAGAAACAUGUCAUAGCUAGACACAGUGUGUUAGAGAAAUAUCCGUCAUAUAGACAGGAUUUUGUUUUACAGACAGCAUAUACUAGAAAACUGUCAUAGCACAGUCUAGAGAAAAAUAUGUCAUAAACCAAACUUGAAGAAGAAUGUCAUAGACAACACUCGAUAGAAAAACAUAUCAUAGAUAGAACAUGCUUUAAAAAUAUGUCAUAGAUAAAUUUUGAAAAAUCAUGUCAUAGUCAGUAUAUAUGCUGAAGAAAAAUAUGUCACAGACGGUACCUGAUACAGAAACAUAUGUCAUAUGCAGUACCUGAUACAGAAACAUAUGUCAUAUGCAGUACCUGAUACAGAAACAUAUGUCAUAUGCAGUACCUGAUACAGAAACAUAUGUCAUAUGCAGUACCUGGUACAGAAACAUAUGUCAUAUGCAGUACCUGAUACAGAAACAUAUGUCAUAUGCAGUACCUGAUACAGAAACAUAUGUCAUAUGCAGUACCUGAUACAGAAAUAUAUGUCAUAUGCAGUACUUGAUACAGAAACAUAUGUCAUAUGCAGUACCUGAUAGAGAAACAUAUGUCACAUGCAGUACCUGAUAGAGAAACAUAUGUCAUAUGCAGUACCUGAUAGAGAAACAUAUGUCAUAAACCAUAAAGUUAAUAGAUAAUAUAUGCUAGUGAAAAAAAAGUCAUAGAAAAAACUUGAAGAAAUAUUUCGUAAACAUGCUUGACAAAACUAUGUCAUAGACAAUACAUUCUAGAGAAAAAAAAAUCAUAGACAAAAUAUGAAGAAACAUGUCGUAAACAUGCUAGACAAAACUAUGUCAUAGACAAAACGUGAAGACAGCAUUUGCUAGAUAAGUGUGUCAUAAACAGAACAAAAACACAUUGAGAACACUUUCUGAAUAAAUGUGCACAAGAAAGAUGUCAUGGAUAGCACUUGAUAGAAAGUAUGUCAGGAAGAGGACAGAUUGGAAAACAUGUUACAGACAGAAACGUAUUUUAUAUGGCACUUGUUGAAGAUACAUGUCAUAGAGAACACAUACUAGAGAAAUGUUCAUUAAUGAAAUGUCAUAGAGAAUACUUACUAGAGAAAUGUUUGUUAAUGAAACAUGCCAUAGAGAAUACUUACUAGAGAAAUGUUCGUUAAUGAAACAUGCCAUAGAGAAUACUUACUAGAGAAAUGUUUGUUAAUGAAACAUGCCAUAGAGAAUACUUACUAGAGAAAUGUUUGUUAAUGAAACAUCAUAGAGAAUUAUUACUAGAGAAAUGUUCGUUAAUGAAACAUGUCUUGGAUACAUGUAGUACUUGAAGAAAAAUAUGUCAUAGAUGGCACUUGCCAUAGAAAUAUCUUGUAUACAACAUUUAAUAUAGAAAUGUUAUAGACAACAUUUGAUUUAAACAAAUAUCAUAGGUAGCACUUAAUAGAGAAAAAUAUAGAAAUGUUGUAGACAACAUUUGAUAAAGAAAAAUAUCAUAGGUAGCAUUUAAUAGAGAAAAAUAUAGAAAUGUGAU